CACAGGAGCUACUGGGAGGUGAUGCAGGCUGCAAGGCACCCGUUGCAGGAUCGUGUCCUGCGAUGUCAUGAACUGAUCCUGUGGUGGCCCGUGCUGUGAAGUGGGAUGACGUGGGUUGCGUUGCAUUGCGCUUGCAGUCAUGAUGGCUUCUUCCGCGAUGAUCCGAUGCCCUGAUGCCCUGCAAUGAAUGCAUCUGCGCUCUGUUUCGAGACACGGGUGGAUCAACUACUUCUUUGGAUACUGCGCAACUGGGUGGUUUCAGGAGACAUCGGCUCCCUCUUUUCAACAGCUGGGACACUUUCCUCCUUCACACCCAAUAUCACCUGGAUUCCUCCCAUCGAGGUCCCCUAUCUCUUGACAGCGAUACAUUAAAAGGCCAUUCUUUCCCAUGCAUCGUAGACAUCAUCCAUGAAUAUCUUCUACUAGAGAGAUAUCAUGAUCUUCUUGAUGAUAUCACACGGAGCCCGAGCUUUCUGUACGUUUCCCAAAACGGCAUUAAUGGAUGUUUCAAAGUCGCGUCGCGCGUUGCGCGUUUCGCGUCGAGCGGCCACCAAUCAAUGCCUGACGGCCUCAGGAGUCGAUCGGUGCCUCAUUGUAUGCAAUCUCAAUCAACGCGAUCUCACAACGUCCGUCAUCAAUGAGACAGACAAAGCCAUCUUCCAGCCAGUGAGUAGGCGAGCAAGCAAGGAUCGUGCAUAGGACCUGUGAUUCUGAACAGAAGCGAGAUCCCAGAGCGCGUCGCGA